UUCGCUCGCGACAGCGCUGUAGCCGCUACGCAGUACGCUUAGAAUUACGAAAAUAUGUGUGAAAAUUGCAGUUACAACAGUGUUUGUUGAUAAGUGUUGCAUUGUGACCAUAGUGUUCAAACUUUGUGUUAUGAAGUUUAGCUGACGGAGGUUGAAGGAAGUUCGGGUUUAUUUACCUCAUGGCGGGCUCCGGGGGGCUCGUGGAGUGGUCGGAGGGCGCUUCGGUGUGGUUCCAACCAGCCGGCGCCCCCGCACCUCUGCCCGGCGAACUGAUCGAAGUCCACCGCGCAGCACGCGUGCUGCUGGUCAGCGCCGUGGUCAAUGGACAGCCCCAAACUUUUGCUCUGCAAAUGGGGAACGGCGAAGAAGAGGGCGAUCCAGUAUGGCCACGGGAGGAGCUCGGACCCACCGGGGUCGAAGACAUGACUCGCCUCCAUGAUCUGCACGAGGCUGCGCUUCUUUGGAACCUUAAACUUAGAUACGAGCAAGGCCUUAUAUAUACAUAUGCGGGGUCUAUUCUAGUAGCCGUUAAUCCCUAUAGGCCUGUCGAUUCGUUGUAUGGAUUGCAAACAGCUAGAAGGUACCACGCAGCAGAGGCGUUAGGAGAUCUACCACCACAUCUUUUCGCAAUCGCAGCAGCCGCGCGUGCAUCUCUACCUCACCCGCAAGCUAUUCUAAUUUCUGGUGAAUCGGGCGCUGGAAAAACUGAAUCUACUAAAUUAGCUGUCCAAUUCCUGGCAGCUGUAGCUCCAGCACCGCCCGGUAGAGCUCCAGUCUCUGAGCAGAUUCUUGAAGCGGCGCCUUUGCUUGAAGCUUUUGGCAAUGCGAGAACGCCAAAAAAUCAUAACUCUAGUCGAUUUGGUAAAUUAUUAGAACUUUAUUUCAAAGAUGGCGCUUUGGCCGGUGCUAGAGUAGCACAUUAUUUGCUAGAAAAAUCUCGCAUCGUUACACAGUCACCCGGUGAACGGAACUACCACGUUUUCUACGAAUUGUUAGCGGGAUUAGAUGAGGAGCAGCGACGGUCGAGAGGCUUAUUGACAGCUGAACAUUAUUUCUAUUUAAAUCAGGGCGGUGAUUCUGGCGGUGCUGGCGCUGGUGCCGAUUGGUCCGCUUUGUGUGGAGCCAUGCAAGUUUUAGGAAUAGGUGAUUCUGAGAGAGAGGAUAUAAUUAAAGUUUUAGCUGCAGUUCUCCAUUUAGGCAACGUUUAUUUCCAUAGAAGACAGUUAAGGCACGGGCAGGAAGGUGUCCAAUUAGGUGGAGGUGCCGAAGUGCGCUGGGCGGCACAUUUACUUAAAGUACCUGCAGAAGAGCUAGCAAGAGCUCUCACGACAAGGGUAACAGCGGCCCGAGCGGAACGAAUGCGAUCUCCUCUGCCCAUUGAUCAGGCAUUAGAUGCCAGAGAUGCUUUCGCCAAAGCACUAUAUUCGUCAUUAUUUAGUUGGCUUGUCUUUCGAAUAAACUCGAUAGUCCAUCGUGCUGGAUUACACGACGCUCAACGAAUAUCUCUCCUCGAUAUCUUCGGUUUCGAAGACUUGGAAGAGAAUUCAUUCGAGCAACUUUGUAUAAACUUCGCCAACGAAACGCUGCAGCAUUAUUUUAAUAAGCACAUAUUUAAGCUGGAACAGCAAGAAUACCAAAAAGAAAGAUUGGAAUGGUCCAAUCUCACGUGGAAUGAUAACUCACCAGUUAUUCAACUGCUCAGCAAGAAACCGGUUGGUAUCUUACACUUAUUAGACGAUGAAAGCAACUUCCCGCGAGCAUCCGACGCCUCGUUUCUAGAAAAGUGCCAUUACAAUCAUGCUCUUAAUGAGCUGUAUUCUAGGCCGAGGUUAGGAGCUAAUGAAUUUGGGAUAAAACACUACGCCGGCCAAGUCUGGUACAAUGUCGAUGGUUUCCUGGAUAAAAACCGGGAUGCGCUACGCGCUGAUGUGUUAGAACUCUUGUGCAGCAGCGAAGUUCCUCUAGUAGCGGAAAUGUCGUCGCAACUUCGUGCUCAGCAUGAUGCCAAUAAGACUCUACCUCGAGGUGCUAAUGGACGCUUUGUGACCAUGAAGCCGAGAACUCCAACCGUUGCUGCAAGGUUCUCGGACAGCCUACACCAGCUGCUUGAAUCUAUGUCCCGAUGCAACCCCUGGUUUGUGCGCUGCAUUAAGCCCAAUACGGACAAGUCGCCCAUGAAGUUCGACAUGCCGUGUGUAUUGGCCCAGUUGAGGUAUACCGGUAUGCUGGAUACUAUCAAGAUCAGACAGAUGGGGUAUCCUAUACGAAUACCAUUCCAAGCCUUCGUUGAUAGAUAUAGGUACCUUUUGAAGGCGAUGCCGGCUCGUUCGACGCCCUAUAGAGAAAUAUGUAACUCCAUACUCGCCGAAAUGCCACCAACUGGGGCAGUGGGCGCAGACUUCCAGCUGGGAGCGGCGCGAGUGUUCGUGCGCGAAGCGCUACAUCGCGCGCUAGAACGUGCGCGUGCGGACAAGCUACGUGAUGCGGCCACACUGUUGCAGGCGCGCAUCAGGGGAUAUCUAACUAGGAAACAUUACGACCAAAUGCGCGAGUCGGCCGUUCGCAUCCAGUCGUGGUGGAAGGGCGCCCGCGAGCGGCGCCGCUUCGUGACGGUGCGGCGCGGCGUGGUGCGCGCGCAGGCGCUGGUGCGCGGGCGGCGCGCGCGGGCGCGGGCGCGCGCGCUGCGCGAGCACACGCGCCGCCGCCUCGAGGCCGUGCAGGCCGCCGCCAAACGUCGUGCAGCGGAACAGAAGGCUAAAGCUGAGAGCAUGCAGGUGUUGGAGGUGCCUGCCGAGUUAGCGUUCAUCUUGUCGAAGAUCGACGAGUGGCAGCCUCCUCAUACGGACAAGAAUAUCACGAAAGUUUCGGGUGACGUGUUCGCGGAAGAAGAGCGAAUCCAGCUGCCUGACUUACAGCAAUUCGCUUUUGCCAAAUUUAGCUCCGUGUAUUUCGCGGACGGCGGGCAACUCAGUCCGAAGAAACAUCCCAUCACUAAACCAUUCUUAUCAAAAGCGGCUGUUAGGGACCAAGAUUUCAACGACGCCGUGGCAAUAUUCAAACUCAUACUGAGAUGGUGCGACGAGUCGGCCGCUGGGAAUGAGGCGAGACAGAAGGUGCUGGCGGAUUACAUCGCGUCCCGUGGGCUGUGCUCGCGCGGGCUGCGCGAUGAGAUCCUCGUGCAGCUGGUCAACCAGGCCGCCGGGGACUCGCCCGCCGCCCCACGCGUGCUGCGUCUACUGGCACACUGCCUCGCCGCCUUCCAGCCCGGACCCGCGCUGCACAAGUACCUCGUGCGGCUGAUAUCGGAGCUGGCGACGGGUGCGGAGCGCUCGCGGCUGCUGCGCCUUCUGUGCGGAGGGGGCGUGGGCAGCGCGGGCUCGCGCCGGGCCCCCCCCACGCUACUGGAGUGGCGCGCGCAGCGGGAGCACGCGCGGCCCGCUCUGCCGCUCCGGCUGUACGACGAGUCCGUGCACACGGUGUGCGUGGAGCCGUGGACGACGUGCGAGCGCGCGGCGGCGGGCGCGCUGGCGGCCGCGGGCGUGGCGCGCGGCGCGCCGGGCUGGUCGCUCAGCCUGGAGCACCAGGGGCAGCUCACCGAGUGGGCCGGUUGCGAGUAUGCACUGGACGCGGUGGGCGAGGUCGAGACGUGGAGUGCGCUGUGGACGCCCCGUAGUGAGGCCCUGCGGGCCCCCGCCUCGCGUGCUGGUGCCCCGGCUACGCGAUCGGGCCCCCCUGCGCCACCACCUCGCGCACCCCCACCCCGCACGCCCGCAGCUGAUGACCGGCCCCAGGUCCCCCCGCCGGAACCUCCGAAAUCGCGUUCGCCGAGCAUCCAACGCAUGCUCCAAGACUCUAUCGAAGAAAACAUAUCGGAGUACAACUGGAAGAUGGAAAGAGACGAACCACGCACUUUACCUAAAAUCACCACAGAAUAUUCCAGAAAGAUAUCGCACGACAUACUCUCCCGAGAAUCGGCUUUGAACGAGCGCUACUUCGAGCAGCAAUCCGAUAAAGUUCGAAGCAGAUCGCUGGAUAAUCUCCUAGGCGAUAACCCUGCGCCUCAGCCCACUAAGUUCGCUGAUCUAGGGUUGUCACAAUCUCGUCUGAACGACCGCUACCACUCCGUGGAGCGGCUCGGAGGCGCGCCCAGUGUGUCGAGCAGCAAGGGCAUGGAGGCCGAGUACGGAGCCAGCCGCGGUCAGCAGUCGCGAUACAUCAAGUCGCAGUACGCAGGCAAACGGGCGCCGGCCGGCUCACAGUCCAGCAGGGCUUAUAUAGAAAAGAGCUCAGAAUUUGGAGGAGUGAGAUCAUCCGCAAUGUCCGACACAUCGGAAGCUCCGAGCUUGGCGUCCCACGUGCGGCGAGUACGCGUCCCAAGCCAGGCCUCCGACGUGGACCAGUUCCUGGACGACUUGUUUUCGCCCGUCCUGGAUCCCAACAUCGACGAGCUGUCUGACGCGCGCUCACUGGCCGCCAGCAUAAAGGGGGGCAGAGAUUACCGUGACUUCAUUGAUGACGUCCUUAGCUGCGCCUACACCGAACAGAUAGACACUCUGAACAGACUCGAGAGCAUGACGACGCUCAUCAAAGGUGGCGGCCAAGAAGAUAGUGGCAAAACGAGCAGAAAGGAAUCUAACGUAGACUCCAUGGAUGACUACAUUACGAAUCUUUUUGAUCCAAUAUUUAUGAACGACAGCUUAAAGAGAUUGACAGAUGGUGAGGGACUCUCUGGUGCCAUAAAAGGAGGUGGAGCGACGCCGAGAACUUCAGGCGCAAACACGUCCGCCCUCAGUUUCGGUGCUAUAUCUUUGCCGCCUUCGAUGCCAGCUAUGCCAGCGACUCCCGAAGCGCUGGCAGCGGCACUAGGAUUACAUUUACCUCCACCGGGCACUGUAGACAUUAACGCCUACCAUCAAAAUCUGCAGCGAGCAUUCCUUCAGAAUGCGAUGGCGCAGAACCUUCAAAUACAGCAGCAGUUACUGGCUCAAAAUCAAGCUCUACAAACUCUACUGGCCGGUCAGGUGGUCGAAUCGACUGAUUCUGCACCAACGUCACCUGUGCGAUCGUCAACGGUGGUACACGCACAAAUCCAUUCCCCUCCAAGAAAUUCCGUAAAAUCAAGACGCGAGUCAAAUGAAAGUACUUCUAUGGGAGCGCCGCCUCCGCCGCCGCCACCCAUGCCACCCCCGCUGCACGCCAUGGACCCGUCGGAGGCCCGGCCCUUUAUGGAUCCCUACGGACGUGCGAAAACCGUCCGAAUAGGAAAAUGGAGGUGGCCUCCGCCCAAGGACGCCGUCGGACAAGACACGCCACAAGACUUUACUAAGUUUAAAAUGCGCCAGAUACAACGGAGAAUCACACCACAAGCGCAAUCUAACGGCAUCGAACACGAGCCGCCUCGAGGGCGUUCGCGCUCGGAGGCCUCGCCCGGAAUUGACUGGGAGGAGUUCGAAGUGGACGGCCACUCCUCUUCCCCCAGGGAGCCCUCGACCCAGAGGACGGCUCGACGGAGUUUCGAAAUCGGUGCACAGAGACCAUCGCCCGGGAGCGUAGGAAAGCUCAAACUGAGCUCCGAAAUGAGACAACGGUUGGAACGUGUCACCGCCAACCACUCCGUCCGUAGCACGUCGUCGGCCGCAGAGACUCCGCGGACGAUCAACAAACUGGAGGACACGCGGAAACUGAUGCUCGAGCGACAACUGGGUGGCGCCGGCCGCUGGGAUGCACCACCACCCCCCCUGCCACCCGCGCCGCCCGGCCCCGCACCCCCGCCGCCCGUGGCGCCUCCCUCACCCCCCGACGACCCGGCCCCGCCGCCGCCCGCGCCCGACGCCUCUUCCACCUUCGCACAGCUACGACGAGACCGCGACACCUUCGGCGUGCACCAGAACAGGGAGGCCGACGACCGACACGCUUUUCUGGCUAACUGGAGUUCGAGACGAAAGGAGGACGAUGAAUCCGUUCAGGGCGAUGAUUUGGCAUCCCGUUUCUUGACCGCCGAUCGUCGGGAUCGAAGAGUGAAAGACGAUUGGGGGGAGGACUCGGAUAUCAGAAUUAGCUACGACGACGACAAAGGCCGAGUGGGAAGAGACGAAUGGGAUUCCGAAUCGACAAUGGACAACAGGCGAGAUAUGCGUGAUAUGCGUGAUAAUUAUUCCGGCAGAGAUGCAUCCGAAAUAUAUGAAAUACAUCCCACGAGGGCCGAGAGGAGGAAAGACGAUAACGACAUGGAAGAGAAUUAUGAACGCAAGCGUUCCUCUACUAUGUUCGACGAUUUCGAGCGAUACGACGCUAGAAAAAAUUCUCGAGAUAUGCUCAUGGGCCGAGCGAGAGAAAGUCCACGAUCCGAUAUCAUGUUUCCAUCGGACAACGCUGACACGCUAAAGAGAACCGAACGGCCGACGUUCAAAACCCACAUGGCACAAAAAGAAAGAGAUAGGAAGUUAGAAGCGGAGAGGCGACAAUCGGUCUCGACCCACGUCACGGAUAAAACCGAACACAUCGAACGUGACGCGCCGGCACCGGCGGUCCUGCUGCCGUCCGAUCGAGCGUUCCUCACAUACUCCCGCGUGCCGUGGAAGCUGCGCGUCCGCAAGGAGGUGUUCACGCCCCUGGAGACGUACAACGAGCCCGCCAUACUGGAACUGCUCUACGCGCAGAUCGUGCACGACGUGUCGAGCGGCGUGGCGUCGCUGCGGCUGAGCGCGGCGGAGCGGCGCGCGGGCGCGGCGUGGCUGCGCGCGCACGGCGCCGGCCGCCCGCCGCGCCGCCAGGCCGUGGACAUGGCGCGCGAGUGGCCGUUCUACUUCGCGCGCCUGUUCGCCGCGCGUCUGCCGCCCGGCGAGAGCGCCGUGUUGGCCGUGUCGCACGCUGCCGUCACCGUAGGGGUCAAAGGCGCGGGAGGGCUGGUGGUGCGGCGGUCGCUGCCGCUGGGCUCGCUGCGCGCGUCGGCGCCCACGCCGGGCACGCUGCAGCUGUCGCCGGCCCGCGACGCGCCGCUGACGCUGCACGUGCCGCUCGCGCACCACGCGCACGCGCUCAUCGCUGAGUUCGUGUUGCAACACUCGCAGAUUCAACCGAAACCGACAACGAAUGGCAUUACGAACAUGAAAGAAAAGGUAACGGAACGUGAAUCCAGAGACGCUCGAGAUUCAAGAGACGCUCGAGAUUCAAGAGAAUCUAGAGAAUCGAGGGAGUCGAGGGAGUCCAGGGAAUCGAGAGAGUCUAGGGAGUCGCGAGAGUCUAGAGAAUCACGGGAAUCUAGGGAAUCAAGAGACAUGAGAGAAAUUCGGGAGUCUAGAGAAGAAAUAGAAGUAGAAAUGCGAGACAGGAGAGCUCAGACUUCAUCACCGAUGCCACGUGAACGUGAAAGAGAAAGAGACAGAGAGAGGGAAAGAGAAAUGCGAGAGGAGAGAAGGGAUCAAUCAACUCCCCAACACGAUGGCCGUCAUCCUCUCUUACAAUUUGCCGUCGAUCAUUUUCGUCAAAGCCCUGAAUUAGAAAUCCUCAAAGCGGACUCCUCCCUGAAGAGCAAGGCCAAGCGCAACGAAUGGACGUGGAAGGCGCAGACGGACGUGGUGAAGUGGCAGGCCGCGCCGCUGCGCGCGCCGCUGCUGCGCCUGCCCGCCGCGCUGGCGCCGCCCGCGCUCGAGUGCUUCACGUGCGUGCGCGCCUACUGCGGCGACCUGCAGCCCGCCGAGCGCGCGCUGCACCAGGACCUCACCGAGGUCAAGUGCGUCUACACCGUGCUCAUGCACUGUCAUUCGGUACCGGAGCUGCGCGACGAGGUGUACUGUCAACUCAUGAAGCAGACCACGUCGAACAGAUCACCAGCCCAGGACUCGUGCCAGCGCGCAUGGCGUCUCAUGUCCAUCCUCGCUUCAUACUUCACGUGUUCGGAAACUUUAAGACCUUUCCUAGUGGAAUACCUAUCGGCGGCGGCGGCGGACAGACGGCGACCUUGCCAGGGAACGGCGGCGGUCUGCCUCGCCAACUUCCGGAAGACACUCCGCUGUGGCGGGAGGAAGAACGUGCCCAGUGUCGAAGAGGUGACGGCAGUGUCCGCCGGUCGGUCGGCCCGCCGGCAGCUGUACCGGUUGCCGGGAGGCGCCGAGCGCGUCGUGAACACUCGCUGCGCCACCGUCGUGCAGGACAUCGUCAACGAACUCUGCGAGCUGAUCGGAGUGACGAGCGAGGCGGAGCGUGCGGAGUUCUCUCUGUACUGCAUCGUGGCGGGCGACGCCCUGACCAUGCCGCUGGCGGGCGACGAGUACGUGCUGGACGUGACCACCGAGCUGCAGCGCGCGCACCACCCCUUCUACCUCAUCUUCUGCCGCUCCGUGUGGCACCACCCACUGCGAGCCGACGCGCCGCCGCUCUACACCGAGGUGCUCUUCAAUCAGGUGGCUCCCGAUUACUUAGAGGGAUUGCUACUGGUGCUGCCCGGAGGCGGAGCGCCGGCAGCGGGAGUACUCCGUGACGCCGCUCUCGUGGCAGCCCUACUGCAUCGUGCAGCAGGAUUGCCGGACGCCCCUCACCCGAGGGACCUCAAGUUCCUUCUCCCGAAGCCCCUGCUGGCCCUGAGAGAACCCCGCCCGGCGAAGUGGGCCUCCUGGGUCUCCGCCGAGUGGCCGAAUGUCCGGACGCAGACCCCGGCCGCCGCUAAAUCCAAAGUGCUACAAGUGCUGUCCCGCUGGGCGCUGUUCGGGUCGUCGUUCUUCGCGGUGCGGCGCGUGGGCGGCGCGGGCGAGUGGCGCGAGCACGUGCUGGCGCUCAACCGGCGCGGCGUGCACCUGCUGCACCCCGCCACGCACGACACCGACGCGCACUGGCCCUACGCCGAGCUCAUCUCCACCAGGAAGGUGCGGUCGGAGGACGGCACUCUGUUCCUGGACGUGAAGUGCGGCUCGCUGCUGCAGCAGCGCGUGACGCGCCUGCAGGCGGAGCAGGCGCACGAGGUGGCGCGACUCAUCCGGCAGUACAUCGCGCUGCAGCGGGACCAGCGCGACACGCGCGACAGGCACUCGCCUGUUUUCAACGGCCAGUGAGCGACUACAAUAUUUAAACGGACUCAAAAGUUAAAUAUAUGGAAGUGACAUAAUCAUACUGAUUAAUACCUCAAAAAUCCGUCCUUAGAUCUGAGUGUUAUAAACGUACUUAAAAUUUAAUAAUAUUAACUCUAUGUAAGAUUAAAAUGAGAAUAGGACGAUCGGAUAAACUUUUGCAAUACUUUGAGUAAAGUUGCAAAAAAUUCUAUUUUCAUUUUAGUCCCCACUUUGAGAUGUCGUCCAAUGAUAUUAGGAAGUUAAGCUCUAAGAAGGAAUUGAUUUAUAAAAAGUUUGGGGCCAUUUGUAUAAUACCUUCGACUAAUAAUAUAUUCAAUUUGUACUUACAAUUAUACAUAUUUCGCACGCAUGAUGCGAGUCAAAAUAAGGUUUACUUCAAUAGCGUCCAAUAGUGUUGCUAGCCAGAUUAUUUUUAUAUAGCAACACCAAGUAUUGUAUCACUAUUGGGCGUAGACUUUAUUUUUAUACCGCGAAAAUAAAUAACGUACCUAAAUAACCAUUAUAUUUAAACAUUCCAAUGGAAAAAUAUAUUGUAAGUUGUAAUUAACAAAAACUUAUUGUUUAUGGAAUUUAUACUUUAUUAUAGAUUGCGUUGUUAUUUCCAUCAACAAAACUAGUUAUCCCUUGUAGUAUAUUUGGUAUUAUUACCAAUGAUUAUUAUUCUAGUGUCUUCCUUUGUAUUUGGAAAAAGGUGCUAUAUCUAGUUAAAAUCGUGACCAGGGGAAGUUUAUUAAAAUGAAACUCAAUCCAGUUAAUUAUAAAUUAAUAUAAUAUUAUUGCAUGUUUGGUUAGUACGUAUAUAAAGUAUUUAUUUAAACGAUUUCAAUAUAAUUCUAUACACAUGAAGCGUGCCCCUGGUUUAUUUAAAAUUAAAUACAUAAUUAUAUAAUUUAUGAAUUAAGGUAUUCUUAUGAAAUUUUCCAAAGACCGUAACGGUCGGAGUCACGAUUAUUUGAUUAUAAAUGAGUUAUUUCGUUGUCAUGUAAUAUAUUUAAUUAAAACGAUGUAUGAAUAUAAUGUAGAUACCAAUAAAGUUUUAUU